AUACAAUUUUCCCUCCAAAAAGCUGGCGCUUUUAUAUUCUUUUAGUCUCCUCCAUUUCUCCUCGAAAAAACCAUUCCGCCAUUAACAAAAAUCUCACAAUUAUUCCAAUUUUCAACAAUCAGGUCAUUUCAUCAGAAAAGUACAUGGUUUUGUGAUCAGAGAGAAAAAUGGAGUGCAAUGAUCAGUGAAGAUUCAUAUUGCCUACCCCAACCUGCUUGGCAUUGAUGCGUAUCGUGGUCAGAGAGAGCUAAUAAAGGACAGAACCAAAGAAGGAUGGACGCUGAGACUGCAUAUACGCUUCCCGUCUAUGAUACUCUUAACAUUGAUAGUCCUACGAUCGGAAAGGAGAACCUAGAUUUUCCUGCAAUGAGUUUUGAUAUCCCUGAUUGUGUUGAAAAUGAGAUUUCUUAUUUGACAAAUGAAUGUGAGGAAGAAGUUGUCCUUGACAGUGACGAUGAAAGAAUGCACGGUACUGAAGUGGCAAGCGUCUCAAAGUUGAGAUCAUCUGAUGACACAAGAUAUACAGAGCAGCUGGAUAAGUGGAAAGUCUCACCGGUUUCUAAACAAACCUAUGUGGGUUGUCUAAGGAGGUCAAAGAAUCUAUUUAAAUAUAUGGAUUCAGCCAGAAGCACCCCAGAUGUUCAGAAAACUAAUCAACGGAAGCAGAUUUCUGAGAUCAAUGGCGGAAUAUCUCCCCAAAUAGAUGAUAUCUGUGUUACUAAAAAACCAAGAGUUGAAGAGGAUUGCUGUCGGGCUGCUGAAAUAACCAAGGAUGAAAUAUCUAAGGGAAAUGUGGAAACGGAAGCCUUAACUGCUUAUGGUGUGGAUGGAGAUAAAGAUUUUCCACUUCAUUCUUUUAACAUAGAACUCCCCAAGUUAAGCAAAGUCGAGUCUCAAGUUCCGGAAGAGCUAUCAGAAGCUAACGCUCUGGACUUCAUUGACCACUUCCUAUCAGUUUACAAUGAAGAUGCACUCAGUGAAGUCAAAGCUGGAGGAGUGAAGAAAAUCGUAUCACCUCCAAUUUUCAGCCGCGGGGGACCUCAAAGAUUGGCAAGCAGAGUGAAUGUUCAAAAUGCAGCGAAAAAUUCUGGAGUUUUUGACUGGCCUGAGAGGCAAAGUGAUAGUGCAAAUGGUUCUUUUUCAAGACACCGAAAGAUAUUGACCUAUCACAGAAAGAAUUACGGACUGAAGAAACAAAAAGUAUCAAGUGUCCAAUCCAGUAAGGAGCCAACGGAAAGUACGACAGAAUUAAAUAAGGCGGAACCAAAGUUUCUAGUGGAAGGCCACAUGAAUGUUCAGUCCAACAUCCUGAGGAAGUCGGAUGAGCAGUUUGAUAUGGGGCCAUUUGAGCAACAAGUUGAUAAUGACGGAAAUCGAUCAGAUGUAUUAGACACAUAUGAUGUUGGCCUUGAUACUCAACUGGCUGCUGAAGCUAUGGAGUCUCUGCUACAUGCCCCUCCUUUGAAAACUGAUGCGGUUUGUGCCCCUCCCAUUCCAAAAGCCAGCGUAGUUAAAGAAGGGGAAUAUCCUGAGAGAGCUAUCUCAAGAGAAUUUAACAUUGACGAUAGUUCACCAGAACCUACUUUAUGUGGCUCAGCUGAAAUAGAGUUAUUGAGAGGAAAAACCAGACGGUUUUCUUCUGUUCUUCCUAGAACUAGACAUCAAGUGUCUUCAAAUUUUAGGAGCUUGGAGAGCCCAACAACAAACUAUAUUACAGAAUCUAAUAUUCCGAAGAAAAGACGGACGCAAUAUGAGCUUGGCGAGUUAAAUAACAAUUUGUUCAAAGUGGCUGCUGUAAGAGGGCAAGUUCUCAAAUCAGGUACCAACACAUCAAGGAAAGCUAGAAAAGUUAGCAUGAACAAACGAGGAGAAAUUUGUCAAAGUGUAGCAGCCACGUUGAGUGGAGUGAAAUUGGAAAACUGGGUCUCUAAAGGGAAAAGGACACAGAGAGGUGCGCGGCGGCUUUCAAAUGGAUCAAGCAAUCUCUAUCCUCCACUGAUCCCUGCUGAUCAGGGAAAUGACUUUAAUAUUCCAGUUUUUAAUGAUAAGGCAGGGAGAAGACAACAAUCUUUGGAGUUUAAAAGACAGAAUCAGUCUUCAUCCGAAAAGACUCAGUCAGGAUUCUUGUCAAUUCAGAGUGCAAGUAAACCUUAUUCUUCAAUGUGUAAAUAUUCGGUUACAAGUCAGAAGAUGACGCCCAUGGACGUCAAAAGAGUUGAAUCUACUGAUUCUGCCAAAUUAAAUGAAAUGACUUCCAUUUCCCCUAAUCUUUUGAUAAAAGGCGUUAAGUCUGACGUAGUGUCGAAUAGAAUCUCAGAUUCAUCAUACUGUCUUAAUGAUCACAAGCAACGCAAGCAACACAUUAGAAGUCUCUCUAAAUCACUCCUUAGUCAAGAGCUUAUUAGGUUAGGAUAUGUAGAGAGAUUGCCUGAUUUUCUGCCGAGAGGUUCACGACGACAAAAAGGUGCAGGUGACAUUUGUGUCUUGUUCAGCCAAAGCCUGGAUAGCAAAUUAAUCAAGCAUCAGAAAAAGAUUUUAGCAAGACUGGGAUUUAAAUCCACGUCAGAUUGUUCUGAUGCCACACACUUUGUCACUGACAGUUUUGUUAGAAGUAGGAAUAUGCUAGAAGCCAUUGCCUGUGGAAAACCAAUUGUAACACAUUUGUGGCUUGAGCGCUGUGGAAGAGCAAGCUGUUUUGUUGAUGAGAAAAAUUAUAUCUUAAGAGACGCCAAAAAGGAAAAGGAAAUUGGUUUUAAUAUGCCUGCUUCACUUGCUCAUGCUAGAAAGCAUCCCCUUCUAGAGGGUCGAAGAGUCAUUAUUACUCCAAGCGCGAAACCUAAUAGAGAUACCCUUCUAACCUUGGUAAAGGCAGUGCAUGGUGAGGUGGUGGACGAAUCUAAUAGUAAAAUCACUUGUGAUGAUCUGUUAAUUCUUUCCUGCGAAGAAGAUUACAAAAUAUGCAUUCCAUAUCUGGAAAAAGGAAUUCUUGUUUAUAGUUCCGAGCUCUUGCUUAAUGGGAUUGUCAUCCAGAAACUGGAGUACAAUAGGCAUCAGCUUUUCACAAAGUUCCAUGACAAUCUGUAAAGAAUGAAAGACAGUCCUAUAUUGACAAGGAUGAGUUUUUUCAUGAAGAAAGCUUCGUGCCCAACUGCUUGUAUAUCGGUUGAAAGACGGUACUAGACAAAGGUAUUGUCUGACUAUAUUGGUAUAGUAACUAAGUUCUCAUAGAUUUCGAGAAAAAUUGUUGAUCAUCUUGCCUAUUCCCUUGUAUAUUCACUUGGUUUGCUAAUGGAUCUUAUUAACUUUUGAACAAAUGUAAAUGCACAAUGUUCUUCUUUGUUUUUA